AUGGUGCUGAGCAUCACUUCUUACGUAGAUCUGUUAGUGUCAGAAAUGAGCAUAGUACUACAGAAAACAAAUCCUCUGCUUUUGCUAUUCACUGAGUAUACUCGGUACAACUAUGGUGAACCAUGUAUAUAAUUUUCGCUGCAUGGGCUCCUGCCACCACACUCUUCAUCUCCGUGGUUGCAACGAAGACCACAUGAGACCCAACAGUACUAUAAAUAUGCCUUGCCCCUGCACCCUCCACCUCUGCUAUCACAGCAGACGGCUCUUCAACUGCAACAACCUCGAUUACAAGCACAAAAUCCUUUCCCACAACCAACUCAGAUGCCUGCAAGGCAAGGCCGCAGAAUGAAGUGCACCAACCAUGUCCAUCAGGGACAGCCAUCACUGCAGCUAGGAGAACUGCCGGGAGUCCAAGAACAGCUGGUUCUAGCUAGCAGACAACAACAGAGAGGUGGAGGAGGCGCGCCUGCCUAUGGGGACAUGGCUCCCGGUUUUAUAGGCAUGGGCGCUGGAUUUGUGCCACAAAACCCAGCCCUGCAGGGAGAUUUUACUGUUGAGGAUGAUUCACCAGCCACAGCACUCAAACCAGCAGUCCAAGGAAGGUUCAGCUUGGUUCCCCAAGGAGUCUCCCCACUUCCUGGAGUUAAUCCGUCAGGUCCUGGAACUGCUGUCAUCCUUCCAGAGGGGACCCCAGUGGGCCAAGAAAGCAACAACAAUUUGCCAAGCCCGGGUGGUGAACCUGCAGCUCAGAGCAGAGGAUCUUCAGGGGCUACUCCAGCAGCUGCCACCCCUGAAGUAACUCAAGCUCUCUCUGAUAGUUUCAUGCCCUUUGGUGGCGAGAGCACGCUGCCUCUGGAUGUCCAGCAAGGAGCUGCUGUGGAUCCUACCUUGCCCCCUGAUGCCCAACAUAUGCUCGUGGCAGGGAAUGAGGAACAGUUCAUACAAGAUGCCUGGCAUUUCCAAGAGCCCUGA